AUGGACGAGCUCCAGAAGAAGUUCGAUGAAAGGGACGGGUCCUCAGAGUCCAAUGACAUACUGUCCACCCCGUUCGUGAGUUCUAUCAUGGAGGAACCCCUGCCCAAGGAUUUUCGUUUCCCCACCGUCAAAGCGUACUCGAGAACCACAGACCCGCGGUCGCACCUCACCAGGUACAGGGCCGCCAUGAUGAUUACCGAAGCUACCGACGCCAUCCUAUGCAGGGGAUUCUUUGCCACUCUGGACGCACAGGCACAUGACUGGUUUGGGUCCCUCCCAGGGGGAUCCAUCUCCACCUUCAAGGACCUAACCAAGCAGUUCCUGUCCCACUUCGCCACCAGCAUACCAAGAAAGAAGCAGAUUGCCGACCUGUGCGACCUGAAACAGAAGAGCUCGGAGUCAUUAGCCGAGUAUCUCAAUAAGUGGAAGAAGGAAGUCAUGGGAGUCGCCAACUUCGAUGGUAAGUCGGCUAUACCAAUUUUCAGGAACAAUGUGAGGUCGGGUGCUUUCCACCAGGAUCUCAUCCGGUACCCCCCGAAGAACUAUGCCGACCCGAUGGACAGGGCGGCCAGAUAUGCUGACGCCGAAGCUGCCAAGAAGAGAAAAAGGGAGCAGGAAGAAGGGAGAGGUCGGAAGGACAAGGCCCCCCAGGAGGAACGCGGCAGGGCAUCUCGGCAGCAUCGUCGCAACCACGCCGAGGGACCCAGGCUGAACCCCACACAUUUCCUUACCCCGCUGACGCACCCCGUGAGUGUCAUCCUAGCCCACGCGGAGGACCAGGGGAUCGUCGAGUUCCCGAAGGAGGAGUGCAUGAAGAUCUCGGCGAAGGGCGACCACAAGAAGUACUGCCGGUUCCAUCGCCAAAAGGGUCAUGACACGGACGAGUGCAUCCUCCUGAAGAAACAAAUUGAGGAGCUCAUCCAGAUGGGUUACCUGGGCCACUUCAUUAAACGGCCCAGCCAACCCCAAGGCCAGGGCCGGGACAACGUAUGGAAGAAAGGGAGUGGUGGCUCCGCGCCACCCAACACGGCACCCCGCAAGAGAGAGCACGGCCAAAGCUCUGAAGAGGACGACAAGACGACAGAAGACUCCCAGCCCCCAAAGAAGCGGUCCAUUUAUGUCAUUUUUGGAGGACCCGAGGGUGGCGACACCCAAGCCGAACGGAAGAAAUGGGCGAAGAGUCUAUACGUCGGGGAGGUGACACAAGCCCCACGGGAGAAGAAGCUACGGAGGGAACCCAUCACCUUCACCGAUGACGACCUGCCGGAUGGUCCCCUACCACACCGAGAUGCCCUGGUGAUCAAAUUGGACGUCAACAACGUGGUGGUGCACCGAGUGCUCGUAGACACGGGCAGCUCGGUAAAUGUCAUGUACUACGACACGUUCAUCCAACUCGGCCUCCCAAGGGACCAGCUGGAGCAGGUUAGGACCCCCUUGUCCGGGUUCACGGGGGACUCGAUCGAGACAGAGGGGUUGAUCAGCCUGGACGUGGAGAUAGGCACCUCCCCUCACCUCAAGAAGUGGAGGGUCGAGUUCGUGGUUGUAAAAAUCAGCUGCGCCCACAACAUGAUAUUUGGCCGACCCGCCCUGGAGGACCUCAGGUGCGUGAUUUCCAUGGAGCACCUGUGUCUCAAAUUCCCAACGCCGAACGGGGUCGGGACUGCCCGGGGGGACCAGAGGGUGAGUCGUAGCUGUUACCUACGGGCGUGCCGCCAUAUGGGCAAGAAGGACCUCCAGGUCCACACCAUAGCCGAGAAGGCAUUACGAGAUGAGACGGGUCGGCCCCGUGCCGAGCCCAUAGUCGAGUCGGAGGAAGUCGUCCUGGAUCUCAACCGACCCGACCGGGUCGUAAAGGUUGGGGUCGGCCUCCCGGAUGAGCUCCGAGCUCGCAUCAUCGACACGAUCCGGAGUUACAAGGAAAUCUUCGCAUGGGGCCCCGAAGACAUGCCGGGCCUCAGCCGCGAGGUGAUUACACAUAAGCUUGCUGUGGACCCCUCGGUCAAGCCAGUCCAACAGCGGGAGAGGUACCUCUCCACAGACAGGAGGGAGUUCGUGAAAAAAGAGGUCGACACCCUCUUGGAGAUAGGUUACAUCAGAGAGGUCAUAUACCCCACCUGGUUGGCUAAUGUGGUCCUCGCCCCGAAGCCGCCCACCUGGAGGGUGUGCGUGGACUACACCGACCUCAACAAGGCCUGCCCCAUGGACCCCUUUCCGCUUCCCAACAUCGACCACCUGGUGGACGAGACAGCAGGGUGUGCCCUCAUGAGUUUCCUUGACGCAUUCAGGGGGUACCACCAGAUCUUUAUGGAGGAAGCUGAUGAGGAGAAGACAGCUUUCACCACUCCAGAAGGGGUCUACUGUUACAAGGUCAUGGCCUUCGGGUUGAAGAACUCGGGUGCCACCUACACCCGGAUGGUAGCCAAGGUGUUCAAGCAAGUCCUCGGUUGCAACCUACAAGCUUAUGUGGACGACAUGAUAGUGAAGAGCACCGAAGCCAACCUGCACACGGACGACCUAGUUGAGGUAUUUUCAAUUAUGCAACGUUUUCAUCUGCGUCUUAACCCCAAGAAGUGCACCUUCGGGGUCCACGGGGAGAAGUUCUUGGGGUACAUGGUUUCCAAGAAGGCAUAG